AACGGCCUCUUAUCUUGUGACGCAGAUUUUAAGAAAAACUCCACUGUUGCUCCAACUUUAAUAUAUUUUUUAUGCGUUGCUCAUUAAUUAAUAAUUAUUAUACAAUUAUUAUUAUUAUUUAAGUGUCAAUUGUCAGAACCCAGAUCGUCCGGUGAAACAACCAUGGCCAUUAAACACUUGUCCAAAGAUUCCGUGGAACCGCCUAAGGUUCCAGGCUCAUUGCGCUUCUACUCUAUGCGAUUCUGUCCAUACGCUCAGAGGGUCCAGCUGAUAUUGAACGCCAAGGGCAUGCCGCAUGACACAGUGUUCAUUGACCUGUCAGACAAGCCCGAAUGGUACUUGAAGAUUUUCCCAGCUGGCAAGGUUCCAGCUUUGAUUUAUGAUGACAAGUUCCUCUCUGAAAGCCUGCUGCUGGCUGAUUUCCUUGACAAACAAUAUCCAGAACCGCCUUUGCAGGCUAGCAGUCCUCUCCAGACAAUUUUGGACAAGCUCGUAAUAGAGUCUUUCGGGAAAGUAGGUACAGCAUUUUAUAAGUUAAUAAUGACCACAAAGGAAAUAGAAAAACAAAAUUUUGAUGAACUUGUUGCUAGUUUAAUCCCCAUUGAAACCGAACUAGUUGAAAGAGGAACCAAAUUCUUUGGAGGUAACAAGCCAAACAUGGUUGACUAUAUGAUAUGGCCUUGGUUUGAGCGUUUAGAUGCCAUAAAUCCAUAUUCUAAUGGAACGUUUGUUAUUCCUUUCGAAGACAAAUUCCCCAGACUGGCAGAGUGGAAAUCCUUAAUGAUUGCUGAUAAGGCUGUUGCACCGUACUACAUCACUCCAGAAAAGCAUGCUGAACAUUUUACAAAAAGAAAGGCUGGAUUACCUGCAUAUGAUAUCUAAAGCAAUCUUCUUAAUUGUUCAAACUCAAACAUUGUUUUUAAUAUUUUUAUUAUUCAUUAGACAUCUGGGUUAAAUGGCAAUUUUAAAUUUGAAUAAAUGCAAUUCUUUUUUAACAUUAAAUAUAGGUAUAGGUUAAGUACACUAAUAUAAUAAAUUACACAACAAAAGAUUAACACUGAAUUAUAAGUUUGAAAUGGUGCUUGUACUUUUAUUCUUUUUUUUAAAACUAAAUUUGUACUUAAAAUUAUUUAUUCACGUAUAUUUAUCAAGUUGAUACUAUAUUAUUAUACUGAAGUUAUUAAAUUAAUUAUUACGGUUA